UCGGGCGGCCCGGAACGAUCCGAAGAGGCGCUGCGCGGCCGCCAUUUUCCUGCGGCGCCCAGUGUGCUUGUGUCCCCCGACCCCGGCCGAGCGGAAGGAGCGAAGGGCGGGGGCGGGGGGCAGGAGGAGGGGACGCUGCCCGGGUGACAGGGCCGUCCCCGGGGGCGGAGCCCAGCGCAGCUGCCCGCGGCGGGGCAGAGCGACGUGUCCGAGCGGGUCCGUCCCCCCGUCCCGUCCCAGUCCGGCGCCGCGCGGUCCCGCAGCACCAUGUCCGGCCAGAGCCUCACCGACCGCAUCACGGCGGCGCAGCACAGCGUGACCGGCUCGGCCGUCUCCAAGACCGUCUGCAAAGCCACGACCCACGAGGUCAUGGGCCCCAAGAAGAAGCACCUGGACUACUUAAUCCAGUGCACAAAUGAGAUGAAUGUGAACAUCCCCCAGCUGGCGGACAGCUUGUUUGAAAGAACUACCAACAGUAGCUGGGUGGUGGUCUUUAAGUCUCUCAUAACAACUCACCAUCUAAUGGUGUAUGGAAAUGAGCGUUUUAUCCAGUAUCUAGCUUCCAGAAACACACUGUUUAAUUUGAGCAAUUUCCUAGACAAAAGUGGAUUGCAAGGGUAUGACAUGUCCACAUUUAUCAGACGGUAUAGUAGGUAUCUGAAUGAAAAAGCAGUUUCUUACAGACAAGUGGCUUUUGACUUCACCAAAGUAAAAAGAGGGGCUGAUGGAGUCAUGAGGACAAUGAACACAGAAAAACUCCUUAAAACUGUACCAAUUAUACAAAAUCAGAUGGAUUCACUUCUUGACUUCAAUGUCAAUAGCAAUGAGCUUACAAAUGGUGUAAUAAAUGCUGCCUUCAUGCUCCUCUUCAAAGAUGCCAUUAGACUCUUUGCAGCAUAUAAUGAAGGAAUUAUUAACCUUCUGGAAAAAUACUUUGACAUGAAAAAAAACCAGUGUAAAGAAGGCCUUGACAUAUAUAAGAAGUUUCUCACUAGAAUGACAAGGAUCUCAGAGUUCCUCAAAGUUGCAGAGCAAGUUGGAAUUGACAGAGGAGACAUACCAGAUCUUUCUCAGGCACCAAGCAGUCUUCUUGAUGCUUUGGAACAACAUUUAGCCUCUUUAGAAGGAAAGAAAAUCAAAGACUCCACAGCUGCAAGCAGGGCUACCACACUUUCCAAUGCAGUCUCUUCCCUUGCAAGCACUGGCCUGUCUCUCACUAAAGUGGAUGAAAGAGAAAAACAAGCUGCAUUAGAGGAAGAGCAAGCUCGUUUAAAAGCUUUAAAGGAACAACGUCUAAAAGAACUUGCAAAGAAACCUCAUACCUCUUUAACGACAGCAGCCUCUCCCGUGUCUACUGCAGCGGGAAGCAUAAUGACCACCCCAGCUAUUGAUAUUUUUUCCACCCCUAGCUCUUCGAACAGCACAUCAAAGCUGCCAAAUGAUCUACUUGAUUUGCAGCCAACCUUUCAUCCAUCUGUACAUCCUAUAUCCACUGGGCCACAAGUAGGAGGUACAUGGGGAGAUUCAUUUUGUGGCCCUCAAGCUUAUCCUAAUGCUUCUCAUUUCCGCAAUGAGCCCUCUACUGUAGCUGGUCUAUUUGGAGGGUUCACUCCUUCUCCUGUUGCUCAACCACAGCCCGUAGCUGGCCUUAAUGUUGACUUUGAGUCUGUGUUUGGAAACAAAUCUUCUAAUGUCGUCGUAGAUUCUGGUGGCUUUGAUGAAUUAGGUGGACUCCUAAAACCAACAGUGACCUCUCAAAACCAGAAUCUUCUGGUUGCCAAGCUGCCACCUAACAAGUUAGUAUCAGAUGAUCUGGAUUCAUCCUUAGCCAACCUCGUAGGCAAUUUGGGCAUUGGAAAUGGAACUACUAAAAAUGAUGUCAAUUGGACUCAGCCAGGCGAAAAGAAAUUAACUGGUGGUUCCAACUGGCAGCCCAAGGUUGCACCCACAACUGCAUGGAAUGCUCCAACAAUUGCACCACCUGUAAUGGCCUAUCCUGCUACAACACCAACAGGAAUGAUGGGAUAUGGAAUGCCAACACAGAUGGGAGGUGUACCAGUAAUGACACAACCAACUUUAAUAUACAGCCAACCUAUCAUGAGACCACCAAACCCUUUUGGCCCUGUUUCAGGAGCACAGCUGUCUGCAGCAUCCAGCCCUUCCAGUCAGAGUCCUCACAGAGCCUCAGGAAAGGAUCCCUUUGCAGAGCUCUCUCUCCAGGAUUUCUUGUAAAACAACUUAGAUACAGUUUAUGUAAUCAUGCCAGAUGGCAGAGAAAGGAACAGCUCCAAAAAGACACAUGCUCAACAGCAAACCCCUACUUCCAGCAAAAUCCAAAUUGCUGUAUUUUAACUCCUCCUUUAAAAUGAUGCAGGAAAAUCAUGAAGGCCCACAAAAGAAACUGGGACAACUCUUUAGGAAAGUGUCAAUACAUGAUAUAAAGCCAAGAAUUCCCCGGAUUUAAGAUGUUCUUUUCUGGUGACUAACGCGUCAGUACUUUCAACUCCUAUUAAUAUCCAUAAUCAGUAACAUACAAAGAGAAGCUCUUAUUCUGAAAUUGUAAGAUUUGUAUUUGGAAAUGCUGUGGGGAAUGAAGAUGAGUGUCCUUUACCAUAACUCAAAACAAGGUUUUUCUUUGGGGGAUCAGAUCCUAACUGUUACUUCUGCAGUUAUCUUUUCUUCAGUCCUCACAAAUGUAGACACAGCAAUGAAAAUUAACUUUUCUUUUUAAAAAAAAAUUAUAUAUUCAGUUUGCAGUAGACAUUCCUUAUGUAUUGUUUGUAUUUAUUUAUGAUUAUCAAUUUAAGUAACAUUAAUAUUGUAUCAAACUCCUUAUGAAAAUGAGUAUGGAUGUAUACAGUAUGUCUGAUUUUUUUAUCCACAAGAAUGAUUUUGAUUCAAAAUGCUUUUCAGCUGACAUAUAGAGCACUAACUAUUUUAAAGGCCUGAAUCUUAUGAAUUCUCAGUCUGUAUGGAAAUUAGGAAAGUUAUAAAAUGCAUUAAUCCUUUAUAGUCAAUUCUGUGCCUAGGAUUUUGCAAGGGAACAGUUAACUGACAAGGAGAAGCACUACAUUUUUAAUUCAGCAUUAGUGCAUUGGGAAGGAACUUUAUUGCUUUGUGCUUGGCAUGUCAUUAUUUUACAUUUGACAUAAGGCCUUUCCAGAAUGAAUGUGAGGAAUUGCUUUCACUUUAAGACUUUCCUUUUCUUUAAAAACUCUAGGAGGUAUUAUGUCAAAAAAGCCUUGAUUUUCAUUUGGCUAGUGCCAUGUUUAUGAUCAUGUACCUUUAAAAAAAUAAUAAGGGAAGUAGCAUCUUUACAAAUGACUAGCAAGAAUUUAGUUAAUGAAGAAUUAAAGCAGCACUGUUGAUCGGUGCUUUGCGUAAAUACAUCAUAACUUUUGGGUCGAAAGGGGCCUUCAGAAGGAUAGUCAAUGAUAUGAAAGCAAUUCUGUACAUGAAUUAAGCAUACUUGCUGCAUUGUCUCUGCAGAUUCUAUUUUUGUUUAAAAUAUUAAAAUGUAUGUUAGCAAAAAUGGGUGGAUUUUCAAAUAAAAUGCAGCUUCCACAGAACUUUUGUUACAGUA